GCUCCAGUGACUCUGCUGAGUCAGGUAGAGCUUGGUCUAUCCUGGGCUGUGCUUGGAAAGUAUAGUAAAAUGAUCUUAAAAUAAAUUUGAGGGGACUGUUUACUGUGAUUUAACAGGAGGACCUGGGAUAUACAUAAAUAAUAUCAUUCUUAAAGAGUUAACAAUAGCAGUGAUCAUACAGUCCAAUCCAGACACCUCAAAACAGUUUAGAGAAGAGGCAAAGAGAUACAGGAAGAUAAAGGAAAUGCACAUAUAAAUUUACAUUUUCCACAGAUGAAUCAUCAAGUAAAACCACCAGAAGACAACCUAACAGAACUGAUGGCAUUUGUUCUCUUGGGCUUUGCUGACAUGCCCCAUCUCCGGUGGUUUCUUUUUGGAUUAUUUUUAAUCAUCUAUAUCAUUAUCCUGAUGAGCAAUGGCACCAUAUUUCUAAUAACAAAAAUGGAUCCUGCUCUCCAGAGCCCUAUGUAUUUUUUCCUGGCAAAUUUUUCCUUCUUGGAAAUCUGCUAUGUAUCAACUACUCUCCCCAGAAUGCUGAUGAAUCUAGGAACCCAGAGAAGAAGAAUUUCCUUAGUUGCCUGUGCUACACAGAUGUGCUUUGUCCUCAUGUUUGGAGGUUUAGAGUGUUUGCUCCUGGCAGUGAUGGCCUAUGACCGCUAUGUGGCCAUUUGUAACCCUCUGCGCUAUCCUCUAGUCCUGAACCACAGGGUCUGCAUUCAGUUGGUGACUGGGUCCUGGACCAUUGGAAUUCCAGUUAUGAUAGGGCAGACAUAUCAGGUUUUCUCUCUGCCUUUUUGUGGAUCUAACCAAAUUAACCACUUCUUCUGUGAUAUUCCCCCAAUACUCAAGCUGGCUUGUGGGAACACCUUUGUAAAUGAGCUGUUGGUCUACGCAGUUUCUGUGUUAUUUGUCAUGGUUCCAUUUCUGUUGAUACUUGGUUCCUACAGUAAAAUCAUCUCCAUCAUCCUGAAGUUGCCAUCAGCCACAAGUCGAGCCAAAGCCUUCUCCACUUGCUCAUCUCAUCUUAUGGUUGUGAUGUUAUUCUUUGGAUCAGGCAUGAUUACAUACUUAAGACCCAACACUAGGCACUCAGAAGGAACUGACAAAGUUUUAUCUCUUUUCUACACUAUCCUAACUCCUAUGUUUAAUCCCAUGAUAUAUAGUCUAAGGAACAAGGAUGUCAUAAUGGCACUGAGAAAAUUACUAAGUAAAUAA